AACACUCCCUCCCCUUCCAGUAGUCUCCAAAUAGGGGCACAGACUUUCAGGUUCUCAAACUUUGCUGGAAGAAGUGAAAAGAAGUUUAGGGCAGGCUGAUUAUGUGUGCUCCACUUCUCUGCCUCUGAAUGGCAAAGCAGAGAACAGAGCUGUGAACGUUUUGACCAGACACAUGGCUCUACCUUGUGACAUGCCAGAAGAUUCUGAUGAGCUCAGAGUUUUGCAACAGUGGUGAUUGUGUGGAAAAUCCUGUCCAGUUCCGCACGGCUAAAGAGAGACCUUAUAUUUAUCAUCGUUUUGGUUCUUCCUCUCCAUCACUCACUAAGAUCUGGUCAUUAUGAAGCUGUGCUGGACACUUUUCUCAUGGCUUCUCACACUGCUAGUGAUGCCAGUUUACAGUCAGAGCGGUGAUGAUGGAGAAGUGGGAUCCGGUGACAUUUCUGGGCCUUUGGUCAAUGGCAGUUCCUCAGCCUCAAUCCUCCAUGCGGUCGGUGACGAGCCAGACAAGAACAGGCCGCUUUUUCAGACUCUUCCAGAGACGGAGAGCGGCGACUGUUAUGUCAAUUUCCACACCAGCCAAGUGAUGUCACGGCGGUUACGAGCUUUUAGAGAGGAGGUUUCAUAUCUAAAGGCCAUCCAGCAUGGGAACCAGGCAGUGAUGGAGAAUCUGGUCCAAUUUGUAGGAGCAGAAAUGGGGGAUCAGCGAUACGAAGAGGUGAUCCAAGAGAACAUUGUCGGGAUCAGGGAGGAUCAUGGGAGCUGUGGGAGUGUGGUGACGAAAGCAGCAGAGGAGAUGGAGAAUCAGCUGGAAGGAGACGCUCAGGCCACUCUGGCUGGAAUUCAGAAAAUAAAAGAAGAGUCUCUUGCCUUUGAAGAACUGUUGCGUGCCGCCUCGGACAUCGCUACUCGACUGGAGAGCACAUCACGAGCCCUGCAUGUGGAGAUGAUGGAACAGCUGAAGAAGAACACCAGACAGCGCGCUGAGCUAAAUGAAGCCAUCCGAGCUGGAAAAAUACGAUAAAAGUGUUAAAUGGCAUGUCACAACCUCAUUUAUGCAUAUUGUUUUAAUAGCAAUGCUGUCACAUUAUAGAGUCCCAUACAUGGAUGUUUCUAAAUAAUGCCCAGCAGGCACAGGACAUAAACAUGAUGUCAGAUUGACGUUAUACCCCAAUGUCGUGGGGAUGUUGCAUAUUGUUUGGAAAUGAAAAUCGGGUUGACGUAAAUGUCAGGCUGACUUCAAUGUACAACGUCCAACCUAAAAUCAACAAAAUAUCA